CGACACGAAUUCGCCCCCACUAAACGUCCCAUUCGUGCCUAGCGAAGGAAAUGUGUACGCGAUCUGUCGUCGGCGCGUCGUUUUGUUUAGUUAAUUGAAAGAUUGUUGUUUUUGUGCUCAAUUUCAUGCCAGCCAAGUGUGUUUGGAAAGCUGAGCGGAAGUCCUGAAUCACACAGCGUCACGCACGAAAACAUUGUUGUCCGAGAACCGGUAGUGAGAGUGCCUUAUUGUUGGAAGAAAGUUGGCUCGCUUGGAUGAACCACUGACUGGCGUUUUGACGGGACCGCGGAAAGAACACAGAAUUCUGUGGAAAUUUCUAAGGCGCCAGUGCACUGACCAGUGUGCGGUGUGGACUUUGACAAACAAUUUGACGACAUAUAAACAAAUGGCGCUAAGUGAAUGUGAAAUGCCACAGACAAAAUGACGGGUGAUUCAACGAAUCCUUCGACUCAAACGGCUACAUCGAAACUUUCAAAGCAAACGAAAUUGUCGUCACAUUUACCUUGCCUUAAGGCGACAACAAAAACAAAUGCUGAAGAUAAACGAAGUAUCAAUGAGAUGACGACAUCGACAAACACAAAGUCGGCAACGUCCAAGUUGCCUUCUACCAAAAAAUCAUGUAAAUCAUCAGACACAGCAAAGAUAGAUCCUCGUUAUGGGGGACCCUCACCUUUCCGACAGCUACUGCCGAUUGCUUUGUGCGUGCUGUCUUUUGCAACAGUAAUUAGUAUUCUUAUUGUUUACAUGGACACUACAGAGAUUCGUCACCAACAAUUCAAGUUAAACAUGUCUCGAGACUAUGAAUUAGUUGGCGUGGCUCAGGAUGACCCGACGCUUGUAGCGUUUAUCCGUGACUUCCACAUGAAAAAAUAUCCAAUGAACUUUUUAAAGAAUGCUCCAAUAGAACAUUUGAAUUUCACGGAGCAUCAUGAGCUAACACCAGAAAUGGCGCACUACAUAGCGAAUUUAGUUGGAGACAAAACCAAUGGUGUAUUCAUACAAUCCCUGACAGGGGCAACGAGCGAAAGUAUGACUGCACCAUGGCUAGCGGAGACUUUGAAUUGGGGCGGCCUUAUAAUCGAGCCGGAACCAAGACGGUAUUUCACAUAUCGUAAACAGAAUGUUCAUCGGCCUAAAGUACAAGUGGUGCAUGCAUGCGUAUCAACAAGUGGUUACCCCAAGGAGGUAACGCUUCAUAAUGACGAAGAUGCUGAAGUUCGAAUUAAUAGUUUACUCGAUGAAGAAAGUUCCUGGUUUAAUUCACGGGUGAAAUGUUUUCCAUUGUAUUCACUGAUGUUGGCCGUGAAUCGAACAAAUUUUGAUUUGUUGAGCCUAGGAUGCGGUGGUCAUGAAUUGCAGAUCCUGCAAACAUUACCAUUCGACGCGGUCAACAUUGAAGUGAUAUCUAUACAUCUAACUGAAAGUCAGGAAAAUACUAAGACAUAUUUACAAAGCAUUACUAAGUUAUUGUUUGGUAAAUUCUACAAAUAUCAAAGAAAAUUUGGAACAAAUUAUAUUUUCCGCAAAGUUCAUAGAGAAAGUCUGAACUGAAUUAAUGAAAAAAAAAGACAAUUUACAAUUUAGGUAGUCGUUCUCUAGUUUCUUCUUUGAAUUUCUGAUUGAGAUUUGCAGAAUGCUCUUAGGAUUAUAUAAUAGACUUAAUUGCCAUUAAAACAGAACAGCGUAUUUGCUGGAUGAUGCACCAUUUUUAUGUUAGCUUUUAGAUUUACAUUGUAGUUUUAACGGCAUUGUGAGAUAGACGGUAGUCGAUGAGUUACGGCAAACUGAUACACCUCAGGGUGAAAAUGAUAGUUCGGAAAAAUCCCGGA